AUGCCGCUACCCACAUUGAUUGAUGGUAAAAAUCGCGAUAGAUAUAUCCGUGUUUUAAAUAUAUCGUACCCACAAACUAUUCAAAAUGUCCUUAAAGAAAAAUGUGGUAUCGCUGUACGUUUGAAUUUUCACGCUAUUACUACACCUUAUAUUACAAAUGUCAGUUUUAAAUAUGAAACGGAUAUGAUGUAUUUAACCCCCGGUUACUACACUCUAAAAGAAAUAGUUGACACCUUGAACGCUUUUGUUGAUGAAUACGAAAUAACAUUUUCGGUUUUAAAUGGUGGUCGUAUAGGG